CUUUUCUCCCAGUUUUACUUUCCUUCCAAAUGGAGGGUUGGUUGGUGAAGGCGUUAAGCUUCCACUUGAAGAUAUGUCUCCUCCUCCUCACCUACAGCUUAGAAUCUCAGCAAACCCCAUAAAAACCGUCGUCAAAAAGCCACCCACUGCUUUUUCCUCCAACUUACACAAACCCACUUGUAUCCAUUUCUUAACUUCUAGGACACAUAUGUAGAAACUGCAGCAAAAAAAUAAACGAAAUCUUAGCAAAAUCCCACAAAACUAACUCCAACCCAUUUCGUCCGCUGGAGUUUUAUUGCGCCUGAGUGGGACUGUUAUAUCAGUAACGCCAAGAUCAGAUACUAACUCUGUUUAGGGGCCCUCUUGUUUUGGAUGACAUUCAUCUUGGGAAAUGGGAAUUGAGCUUCCUCGUUGGUGUUAGUGCUGAAUUCUAGGUGCUGGAGGUCAAUUUUCACAUGGGUUGUCCUUAAUUUUCUUGAAUUUCUUCUGGCUUUGCUUUUGAUGUCGGUUUCCAAUUAUGGUAUGAACAGUUGGUGCUGAAUUCUAGGUGGGUUGAGUAUGAUGAGACAGAACUGGUGUAACUGAUCCACAAAUGAGUUUUUACCCGUCAAUCUUUCUCUUUCUGGCAUCUUUUUCUGCUAAUUGGGCUCUAAAUGUUGAAGAUGCCGUGAUUGUGGUCAAUGGAACUCAAGCAGUUACUAAUACAGAUGCUGACUAUAUCUGUGCGACAAUCGAUUGGUGGCCUCAUGAUAAGUGUAACUACAACCAAUGUCCGUGGGGAUCUUCAUCCAUCAUAAAUCUGGACCUAUCUCAUCCUUUUCUUGCCAAGUCUAUUCAAGCCUUCAAGGGUUUGAGAAUAAGACUAGGAGGAUCUUUGCAGGACCAAGUACUUUAUGAUGUAGGAGAUUUAAAAUCCCCUUGCAAUCCCUUUAAAAAAACCAGAGAUGGUUUAUUCGGGUUUUCAAAGGGGUGCUUACAUAUGGAAAGGUGGGAUGAAGUGAACAACUUUUUCAAUAAGACAGGAGUGCUCGUGACAUUUGGCCUGAAUGCACUAUACGGUAGGCACGAAAUAAAAAGUGGUGUCUGGGGAGGAGAUUGGGACUCGAGUAAUGCGAAUGACUUCAUUAAGUACACUAUUUCCAAAGGCCACCAUGUAGAUUCAUGGGAAUUUGGCAAUGAGUUAAGUGGCAGUGGUAUUGGUGCAAGUGUUGGAGUUGGACAGUAUGGAAAGGACUUGAUCAAGCUUAAAAAUAUGAUCGAUGAGUUGUAUAAGAACUUCAACCGAAAACCAUUACUUGUGGCACCUGGAGGAUUCUAUGAUAAGCAAUGGUAUAAUAUGCUGCUUCAGGUUUCAGGCUCACUUGUAGUCAAUGCCAUGACUCAUCAUAUAUACAAUCUCGGUGCAGGUGUUGAUCGUGACCUUGUGAGUAGAAUUUUGGAUCCCCAUCAUUUGAGCAAGAUAUCACUAACGUUCAGUGACCUUAAACAAACUGUUGAAACACAUGGUCCUUGGGCUUCUGCUUGGGUUGGAGAAUCUGGUGGGGCAUACAACAGUGGUGGCCGAAAUGUAUCUAACACCUUCAUUAACAGCUUUUGGUACUUAGAUCAGCUUGGAAUGGCAGCAAAGUAUGGUACUAGAGUAUAUUGCAGACAAACUUUAGUUGGUGGAAAUUAUGGUCUCCUUGACACCACCACAUUCGUCCCCAAUCCCGAUUACUACAGUGCACUUUUGUGGCAUCGGCUGAUGGGAAAUGAAGUUCUUGCUGUUAAUACCAGUGCUUCACCAUAUUUACGCUCUUAUGCCCAUUGUUCGAAAGGAAGAGCAGGAAUCACUUUGCUUCUGAUCAAUUUAAGCAACCAGACCGAGUUCAAUAUCGUUGUUCACAACAGUAUGAACAUCAACUUACACGCGAAUGAGAUGACCAAUAACAGCAGAAAGUCUUCUGCACACGGCCUCAAGAGAACUGUGUCGUGGAUUGGAAGCAAACCAUCAGAUGGAACAUUGUUCAGAGAAGAGUACCAUCUGACUCCAAAAGAUGAUGAUCUUCGCAGCAAAACCAUGUUACUAAAUGGAAAACCAUUACAACUUACCAAUGGUGGAGACUUUCCUAGUCUGAAUCCAGUUCAUGUUCGUGAACAUUCUCCGAUGUCUAUUGCUCCUUUGUCCAUUAAGUUCAUAGUAUUACCCUACUUUGAAGCCUCUGGUUGCAUGUGAUUCUUUCCAGAAACUAUACAGGGUGUAGUCUUUUAUACAGAUUCUAGUUGCAGAAUUGUAAAUUACGCUGUGAUAUAAAGUAGUGAAUUGAUGUAAUUGUAGCUUGUGAUAAUUCUUAUAAAACCAACAUAUUUUACAUCUUUCAAAAUUUUAACAUCUAUUUUUAUCAACUGAGCCACCGAUGGAUGGUAGGGGUAUAUGGUUUAGCUCUGUUCAAAGAA